AUGUCAAUAAGCUUGAAUCUUCAAAAUUUAACGCAAUUAUUCUGGACAACCAUCAUUGUAUUAAAUUUGUACGUGGCAUUGCUGUUGUUUCGCAUGUCAAAAGUUUAUCGCACCGAAAGGAGAAUUAAACUACUUGAAACCGCCAACAUCAGGGAACAAAUCGAGUUUAUGCGCAGUCGUCCUGACAAAUCCGUUUCUUCGAACUUCUCAAACCGGGGUAGUUUCACUACGCGUAGCCGUUUCUUCGAACAAUUCCUCGACUCGGAACCGCCGCAACUCCGUUCAUACAUGCGUGUGCGAUCGAACUUUCGAUCGAAUUCUUCGACAACUGCUGCCGAUGACGACCCAGAUGAACGACAUGACCAACGAGGAACGCAGGAACAACAACAACAACAACACCUGCAUAAACGCCCAAAACAAUUGCAGCUGGAAUUGCAGCGAAAGUAUGACAAUUUCCAAAGACAGCAGCAGCAACAACAACAGUACGAACAACGGCAGCACAACCACCAACAACAGUCACACCAAAUGAAUACUAAAGCAAGAAACCGUUAUGAGAACAUUUUAAAACAGCCACAACCUCAACAGCUAAGAAACCCGAAUGCGAUUGAGCAAACAAGUUCCGAGGAAGCGCCACCCUAUAAUGACAAACCCGACGAUGAACACACACUCUACAUUUCGGAUAGUUUUGGGCGUGUCGUGCAUGAGAUACCCUUUCGAGAGUGUGAUUAUAUGGAUGCUCUGCAAGUUGUGCUCGGUGAUCAGCGCUGGAAGAUUAAGAAAGCGUGGAAUGAACGCUCCAAAACAAAUAUGUGGAGAGUAAAUUGA